AACUGGAACCUUGCUGUGGCUCAGACUUUGAUUUGUGACUAAAACAACCCGAACUAAUUAAUCAUUACUAACUAAUGUGUUCUCCCAGCUGCUGGUCUAAUAGCAUGCAGCGCGUCUCAUGUGUGCUCCUCAUUGUCAGAAAAGUUGAUUCAUCGUUCUAUUAUUAGCUCAGAGGUCCACGCGCUGCUUACUGGGAAGAUUUGUGCUCGUGCGCAGACUGCGGGAUCUGAUAGGCGGUUGCAGAAAGAGUCCCCGCAAUGAAGCCGACUAAAAGGUCACAGCGAGACCUGCAGGAGCUGGAAGAUCUGGUGCCCAAACAGGCGCGGAUUGAUGAACCCGGCUGGACGGGGGUGAACGAGCGUACCUUCAUCGCCGUGAAGCCGGACGGCGUUCAGCAGAAACUGGUGGGAGAAAUAGUGCGUCGUUUUGAGAAGAGAGGCUUCAAACUCGUGGCUCUUAAACUUGUAAAGGCGUCUGAGGAGCUUCUCAGCGAACACUACUGGGAGCUGAGGAAUAAGCCUUUCUACAGCACGCUAAUAAGCUAUAUGAGUUCGGGACCAGUUGUUGCAAUGGUGUGGCAGGGUUUAGAUGUUGUUGAGACUGCUCGCAAGAUGCUGGGCGAGACCAAUCCUGCAGACUCGCUGCCCGGAACCAUCCGGGGAGAUUUCUGUGUGCAAGUGGGCAACCAGGAAAACUCUGGGAGUAAAGAGAAGAUGAUCAUCUGUGGCAGCAGGAGCAUCGUCUGCAUCAUGUUUCCUGACACGUGAGGAACGUGAUCCACGGCAGCAACUCGGUGGAGAGCGCCCAGAAAGAGAUCUGUCUCUGGUUCCGUCAGAGUGAGCUCCACCGCUGGGAGAGCAGCAGCAAGAACUGGAUCUACUGACGCUUUACAGACCCUGCGCAGCUCUAAUAUUAAGGAUCAAACCUCGGUCAACUUUCAGUAUUUUUAGCUUCAGUAGUUUGUUGAUCAUCUCUGCCUUGCUGCAUCAUUUCUUUCGUUUACAUUUCAGUCCAGCGUAAGGUGAGAUAAUCUUAACAAAACAAAGGUGCACUAAAAAACCGGAUUUUGUUAGGACCAGUAAUUAAUGUUUUUAAACUACAUGGUUAACUUGUUGCAAUAAGAAACUUGGAAUAAUGAAGAUAAUGGAUUUGAAACUGACUCAUUACAUUAUUUUUUUUUAAUCAUGUAAUGAUUCGCUGUUAAAACAGAUUUACUAAAUCAACCCAGUUGAGAUGAAUUGCCACUUAAAAAUAGCCUUUUUCCUUCAUUUCAUGUUAUCCGGUAACUCCAUGGUUGUAAAAAUAAGCAUGUGGAAGUACUUGAAUGUAAAGUUUCCAGCUUUUGAACAGCACCUUUAUUGUUGCUUUUGUAUUUUUAUACCAGGCUCAGUUUACAGCCUGAGGUGAAACUGCAAUAAAUAGUAGAAAAUGUGUGUAUUAAAGUUGUACAAAAAAACUGUCAAAA